CUCUGAGUUCAGCUAUUUGUAGUGAGGCAAAGGUUGUAGUUUGAGGUGACAUCGUUCGACUGGUAAGUGUUCAAUACUAUCUCCGGUUAAUGCGAUUCAAAAAAAAAAAUAAUAAUAAUGUUAUGGUUUUUUGGGUAAUGUAAGUGACCGCGUAGCCAGAAAGGAAAUUUUAUAGCCAGAAAUAUUGCGUUAAAAAUUAGGAUUUUUAAUUUGUUAUUCUCCGUGUCCAGUUCUGAAAAACAAAAAUGAAAAAGUAAACACAAAAAAAAAAAAAAUUAUAAAAAUUUGAAUAUGAGAACAUCUUAGAAAAUUUGAAUUUUAGAACAUCUUUAAAGAAAAAGUAACAUUGAUGGCCUUACCCAAAAUAAUGACAUUUUUGAAAAGGAAAUUUUAUAGCCAGAAAUAUUGAGUUAAAAAUUAGGAUUUUUAAUUUGUUAUUCUCCGUGUCCAGUUCAAAAAAACAAAAAUGAAAAAGAAAACAAAAAAAAAAAAAAAAUUAUAAAAAUUUGAAUAUGAGAACAUCUUAGAAAAUUUGAAUUUUAGAACAUCUUUAAAGAAAAAGUAACAUUGAUGGCCUUACCCAAAAUAAUGACAUUUUUGAGGUAGCAUAUAAAAGACUUGAACUUUUAAGGAUGUUGGCAUUUAAGCUUAAUAUCUUAAAUAAAAGUUUGAAUAAAUAUUUCUUCAUUCCUGCUUUUGGCGGAUGUGAGAAUAUGAAAGACUUGAUUUCACUUAAUGUAUUUCAAGUGUUUACAUUGACUUUAAAUAUCUGUUUUUGAUUUAAACUUACAAACAAAAAAAAAACAAUUUAAAAAGUUUUAAUUUAAAAAAAAAAUUUUGUAUUUAAAAUUAUUUUAAAAGAAAUAAUCAAGAUCUCCGAUAGGCAAAUGUUAUAAUACUUGUGUACAGCUCAUUCAAUUAAAUUUAAUAGGCUAUCGCAAUCUCAACAAGGUAAAGGAAGAAUAUUUAGUUUGAACAGCAAAUUACCCCGCCCCCCCCCCCAACAACACGGCCCAUUAUAGGUAUGCAAGUAUUGCGCCCAAAGCCUUGACAGGCACGCACUCUAUGAAGACGUAGCAUUAACUCAUCUAGAGGUCACGCACUCUAUGAAGACGUAGCAUUAACUCAUCUAGAGGUUCAUAAGUCUUUCUAUACAAAUUGCAGCAUACAUUUUUUUGUUCGUUCAUGCACACUCAGAAUCCCCAAGUCCUUCUUGCCAUUCCUCAGGUGUACUUUUUUUAACGUUAAAAAAUACACAUUUCUGUCCUUACAUACAACAUAUCAGGUAUUGAAAUGAGGACAUGGCCUAACAAAGUUCCUUUUUAUGCCUUCAUUUUUAUUUUAUUUUUCAUUUGCAUAAAACCGUUCAAAUGUGUCCUGAGGAAGCUCAAUAUGUUAAUGAAAGCUUUGCCAAUGAAACCUCGAGACUAAUUACAGUAACUUAUUGAUCUGUUACGUAUAAAGAUAUGUCGGUACGUUACGGUAACAACUUGUAAACAUUGUCACACCACCAACACCAACAACACCACCAACAUCAACAUCAACAACAACAACAACAAAAAAUCGAUAAUUUUUCUUUGUCGUACCGCCACGUAAGAAAGUUGAAAUUUUUUUUUUUUUUGAAAUAAAUUUCUUUUAUAAAAUACGUCAGUAAUUGGAAUUGUGAUUUGUUGCCCUACUAAGAUUUUAAACUGUUUUUAAAGGAGUUAACAGUGUGUUAAUUCCGCUUUUGCUUUCCAUAAACAUUGACCAAAUGAUGAUUGUUGGCUUUCAGUUUUGGCAAACCAAUUCAGUGUUCCUUUUUUUUUUUUUUUUUUCAAUACAAAAAAGACAAUCUGACGGAAUUGAUUGAAAAAGCUAAAAAUGCGCCAUUUGUUUCGCGUCCUCCUGGUUGUUUCCUCCUUUGCCAGCAGUUUGGCUGAAUCAGCCUUUGGUAAGUAGCACUAGUUGUCGCUGUUGCCAGUAGGUUGGCUAAAUCAGCCUUUGGUAAGUAGCACUAGUUGUCGCUGUUGCCAGUAGGUUGGCUAAAUCAGACUUUGGUAAGUAGCACUAGUUGUCACUGUUGCCAGUAGGUUGGCUAAAUCAGCCUUUGGUAAGUAGCACUAGUUGUCACUAUCGCCUGUAGGUUGGCUAAAUUAGCCUUUGGUAAGUAGCACUAGUUGUCACUGCUGCCAGUAGGUUUGGCUAAAUCAGCCUUUGGUAAGUAGCACUAGUUGUCGCUGUUGCCAGUAGGUUGGCUAAAUCAGCCUUUGGUAAGUAGCACUAGUUGUCGCUGUUGCCAGUAGGUUCGCUAAAUCAGCCUUUGUUAAGUAGCACUAGUUGUCACUAUCGCCUGUAGGUUGGCUAAAUUAGCCUUUGGUAAGUAGCACUAGUUGUCACUGCUGCCAGUAGGUUUGGCUAAAUCAGCCUUUGGUAAGUAGCACUAGUUGUCGCCGUCGCCUGUAGGUUGGCCAAAUCAGCCUUUGGUAAGUAGCAUUAGCAUACACUCUGGUCUUAUAGGUUGGUUAAUUAGUGUAGCAUUAUUUAAGGCUGUAUGGAAAAGUCCGCACAGAAUCACUAACCAUUAAGUUCCAACCUUACUAAUAACUUAAAGUCAUUAAACACUACAGAAUCAUGUUUUACUUGCACACGGUCGUGUCAGUGAAAUAACGUUGAUGAAGAGCACGCAGUUGUUGAAAUAAUUUAACAAAUCCAUUAAAGUUUUAAUAGUUAAUCCAUUCACAUCCAACGGUUGCCUUCAAACGUUAAUGCAAUGCCUUUAAAUUGUUAUAUAUUAAGUCAUUUCAAUAUGUAUUGUUGUAGUCAUAUCUAUUAAUGCUAUUGUUGUUAUUAUUAUUUUUAUUUACUCUGUUGGUUUACAUUUUUUAUAUCUUUUGAUAAUUUCUAGUCUGUAGUCCUUCCCUUACUAAUAAGUAGCUUUUCCAGGUUUGUGUUUAAACCAGACAGCUACAUAUGUAGCUGUCAAUGACCCUACUUAACAACCCUAAGAAUGACCCUUUUAACCUCCCCUGUCACAUACCAGUUUAACCUCCCCGAUCGGUGAACCUUAUAAUCUUCCCUAUGGAAUAUCCUUAUUACCUCACCAUCAAUGUCCCUACUUAAGACCCUUAUCGAUAACCCUUAUUAUCCCCCUUUAAAAAAAAAAAUCUCAUAGCAUCCCAUUUUGAUGAAGCUUAAGGCAAUACCUUUCGAUAACCAUUAUUACCUCCCUUUCGCCAUCCCUAAAUACGUCCGUUUCGAUGACACUUCUUCAGUCCCCUUUCGAGGACCCCUAUUGCCGCCUUUCGCUGAUCCUUGUCACCUCCCCUAUGGACGACGCCCCCCCCCCCCAUUACAGCGGCAGAGCACACGCCUGAACUCCAGUCCCCACCGACUUCUUCAGUCCCCUUUCGAGGACCCCUGUUGCCGCCUUUCGCUGAUCCUUGUCCCCUCCCCUAUGGACGACGCCCCCCCCCCCAUUCCCAAGACCUCAUUAAUCCAAUGCUGUUUCCACGCUUCAGUUAACCCUUUCUGCGUUGACUCCUGCAACGGUCAAGCCGACGGUCAAUACAUGGACUGCAACAGAUGCGACAAGUUCAUCAUGUGCUGGUCAAGUCAGUUCAGCGUCAUGCCAUGUCCCGCCAAAACCCAGUACGACGGACGAUUGGGUGUAUGCGGCGACGUUAACGACGCCUCGUGCAGGUGAGUCCAUAUCAGUCAAAUUGGGGGUGUGUCCGCUCAGCCUCCUGCGGGUGAGUCCAUAUCAGUCGAAUUUAGGGGUGUGUCCGCUCAGCCUCCUGCGUGUGAGUCCAUAUCAGUCAGAUACGUGGGAAAAGGGGGGGGGGGGAGUGUGUUGAACUGUUUCGGGUUUCUUGGAAAUGAGUAAAACAAAGUUUGGGAAAACCUGAACAAAAAAGAAACGCAACAACAACACGACGCUCAGCCUCCUGCGUGUGAGUCCAUAUCAGUCGGAUACGGGGGAAAAGGGGGGGGGGGAGUGUGUUGAACUGUUUCGGGUUUCUUGGAAAUGAGUAAAACAAAGUUUGGGAAAACCUGCAAAAAAAAGAAACGCAACAACAAGACGACGAACGUGUUGGCGGGAAGCAUUCGUCAGCGAAUAAACAACAACAACAACAAAAAAAAAAAAAGCAGAUUGAAAUGAAUGCAGCGCCUAGCUAAAAAGUAAUAUCCUAGAGGAUAGCAAAAGAAUUGUGACCAUAAGUAGAUGAGAGAUUAAAUACAGGCAAAAAAAAAUGGAAAGAAAAGGAGGUGAUGUCAGUCCACUGCGACUGGUCGUGACGUGAAGGGGCGGAGCAAAGAUUACAUGACAUUCAUGCCAUGUGGUGUCAAGGUCUCCCUAUUAUUACCAUUAGGUUUAUCGGGGACGUCUUUCCCUUCUCAAACACAGCAGAAUCACAAUGAGAUGCGACAGUCUUCACUGAAGAACCUCUUUAUUAAGAUUUAAUAUUGUUUUUUUUUUGUUUUUUAAUUCAUCAAUAAAAUAAUGUUCUAAUUGUAUAAAUUAAAUUAACAAUUUUAUUAUUUUUUUAAAUCUCAACUUAAAUGUUAGCCACAUCCCGAUAAACCGAACAAGUGAAUGGAAACACAACUUGAUCACUUAAGUGGAAUCUUGAAUCACUCGAUCGAAUGUGACUGGCUCCCUUCAUAUUGUUCUACUCAGAAACUCUCAGCCCAAUUGUUUAAUAAAUGUCAUAGAAACAACUGUUCCAAUUGUAUGUUUUUCUUCUUCCUGGGUCCAGUUCAGGGCAGCGCGCAUCACCGCUAAGACCAGGGACAGGUGGAUACCAACCGUCAGCA